AUGACUGGCGAGGGCGGUCCUACUCCCUUUCCAAGGAAGCCGGAACAGCUCGUACAGCCGCCUCAGCCUUUGCCUCUAUAUGAUUUCAAAGCUCUUGCAGACCCACCAGAUACCUGGGCAUUUCUAGAUGUCUUGUAUGGAAGGGUUGAAGACUGUCGUGUUGUGAAGGUGUCGCAGUUGAGGGUAUUGGUGAAACAUUACUUUUGGGGGAUCGAUUGGGCCCAGAACCAGAAGACCGCCAGAACAACGAGAAAGGCACACAAUCAGACAACUCUGACCAAGGCCUUGUGGAAGCUUUUCUGGUAUAUGCAAGACGAGCAUAGGCCAAAGAGCUACGCAGAUUUGUUGAACCUCGACCGAGACACCGGCCCUCGACUUUUGAGAUAUGAUAUUACUCCACGACCGCCACCUCUUAGCCAAUGGUUCCCAAAUCAACCAGAUGACCGAGCGUUUAUUCUACCCGCCUAUUUUCGUCCUCUCGAUGCACCACUAGAUCUCCCCGACGUCGUCAUCCAACAAUAUAUGUACUCGGCAGAUAGUUUCAAUGAGCCGACUGUAACUCAGCAGAUGGUUGAUCAGCCUUUCGGCAAUGAGCAACACUUCCCGGGUAUCAACUUCGCAGCAAAUAGGUUUCUGCAAAUGCCCCCAGACGAUGAAGAUCUGGUCUUUGAUAAAGAGCUGGUGCAAAUACCCUGGUAUGAGCAAGCGGAUUAUCUUUUCGACGCAGACCUAGAAGCUUCUUUCAAUAUACAGACUACACCUAGGAAGCGAAAAAGAAGCCUCUCUCCGAGUGCUCCAAAUUAUCGAGGUUUAGCUGCACCACCUGCCUCGACCGUCCAGGCUUUUCAGGGACCUGUCUUUGCCUCUCGGCGUGAUCCGUCAGAGUGGACGUGGCAGCCUGGCCUGCAACCUGAAUACGUUUCCCCACCACCCGAUGAACCACAGGUUGGCCCUAUCAUACAACUGGCAGAACCUGUCUAUGAACAUCAAAUUGUCGCCGAAGCAAUCGAAAAGGCCUUGAUGCAGGUGGUGUAUGCUGAUCUUGAACGUGAUCCUUCUGCUCCCUCACGCAACGAGCCUGUCAAAAAUAUCACAGCACACCGUUUCAAAGAUCUACUACAAAUGAAGAUAGGAGCUUUCAGCAACAUUUCAAGUGUCAGGGUAUCGCCAAUAACGUUCAAGUGGGAUUCGAAAGGGGCGUCGUUUCCCCUUCGAGGCCGUGGUCCUGUCUGGCAUGCAGACUCCUGUGCUACGGACUGUGUGAUUAUGGUAGGCAGGCUCCUGGAUGUCGGAUGUACUAGGGUUGAUCGCGCUAAUAACCGAUCCGCCGAGUUCACGGAAAUCGAAAAAUCCUACAUUGAGGCUACAAAUAUCGCUUGGGAGAUCCUUGAUGAGAAAAUGGCCAUACGAGCGCGUGAUGAGUUUCUUCAAAAAUUCAUAGACGGCCAACUUCACCUGAGAAUGGGAGAGCCCCUUCCCCCAUGGGCUGUGUGGUCUCAGGUCACGAAAAGCAUAUCGCAAUUCCGCUAUCAUCAUAUUGAGCGCGUAACACCUUGCAAAUGCGAGAACACCCAAUCUUUCAUCAACUACCAUGAGGGUUCUUGUAUCUUGCCUGGAUACAGGAGAGGUGAUGACAAAGGAGUGGCCGUGGGAACUCUGAUUGAGAGAUGCUUCUAUGAUCGGAAGUCAUUCAGCUGCAAGCGCUGUGGUGAUCCCCUCGGCGUCACCGGGGAAAGACGAGUAGGCCAGCUACCAUUGCGUCUAGUCAUGACUUUUGAUGUGAAGACAAGAUUACGAAAUCACACCCAGCAUCUGUCAUUCAAGUAUACUGACUACGACGACAAGAAACGAGUUGCGCACUAUCGCUGGCUUGGCGGCAUCUACAACAACGAAGAACAUGCUCGUGUCUACUGGACCGAUUCCAACCGAGGCGAGCAGACAGAAACCAACGUCAUGAUGUACGACAGUCAGCUCAACAAAGGUCUCUUGCUGGGUGGUGUGCCCGCUUUCAAACCCGAAGAUCGUGUCCCCAAUGAAUGGGUGAAUCAGAGAGCCAUCCCACUUCUCUUUUACGAGCGAAUCAUGGAUCCGUCUAGUGAACUUUUAGCAUCGGCCCACACUGCCGUGUCUGACAUGGCAAGCAUUCUUCAAAGCGACAAGAACGUCCUGGAAGCGCACGUUGCUUGGAUUCCACCAUCCACCGAGCCUCAAUUUGACCCGUGGGACCGCGUUCUGUCUGACAUGGGCGAGCGUUUCACAGACUACAACCCUAGUUGGGGGUGGGAUGGAGACCCUAGCGUCAAUGAUCUAGAGAAUCCCUCAGCUACAAAUGUAGCCCUUGAUCCUGCACUCAUUGACCCCACGGUCAUUGACCAGUCACUUCUGGAUCCAUCCUUGUACAGUAACACCAGCGCCCCAGUCUUCGACAUCUCUGCUUUUCUUGAAUCAUCAAUGAUGGACGAUGACAUCCUAACCCAACAAAUCCCCCAGGGAAGCAUGCAAGACAUACUGAAAACCCACUUGUUUCAAUCCAUGCUUGACACCCCGGACUGGCUCUCUUCAUAUGAGCAUUUAUGGCCCUCAGGAAAACCUUCCAAAGACGGUGCUUUGGAGUUCCCCGAUCUUCCUACAUGGCCGUCGCCCAAAGGAAGAAAACGACGCAGGAUGCAAUCUGAUACCAGUAUGCCAGACGCAUAUGAUCAAGGAUCGGAUCAAACAACCAGUGGCGAGCACAAAGCCAUCGUUAUGCUCAGUCAAAACAUCGACCCCCGCCAAAGGGAAGCUUACGAAAAUCACCAGAAGGAACAGGAGCUGCAAGCCUACCUUAAAAGAAAGAAGGACAAAUGGUGGUCCGAAAAGAAGAAGGAGCGAAAGAGCGAAAGCGAGGAACAAAUACGGGAGAGAAAUAUCAAAAUAUAUGAGGCUCAAAAAGCGAAGGAAAAAGCCAAAGAGGAAGCCAAACAGAAGGAAAAGGCCAAAGAGCAGGCAGCAGCAAGAGCCACUGUCAAAUCUGUCACAACAAGAAUCCCUCCGACCGUAGCCUCGAGCUCCACCGCACAGCAGCGAGGCAACGCUUACUCUCAGUCCAAAGCCAUUCAGGAUGAGAAGGCAAAACAAAAAGCAGACGCUGUCAAGAAAGCUGCCGAGGCUGAGGCAGAAGCUCAAAGACAAGCUAAAAUCGAUGAGCGAAAGGCGAAGAAGGAAGCCAGCAAGCCGCAAGCUGCGGAUACUGGAGCCAUGAAGAAAAGUGCAGAUGUCUCAGAGCUAUAG